CCAACAUAUAUCAAAAAGAGCGCAUACAACAACAACAAAAAGUGAAAACCAUCAGCCAUUCUAUUUAACAAGAAAAAAAAAAAAAAGAGAAGAAGGUAUUGUAUUGUUGGCAUGGCAAAGAGCAAAGACGGUUCGCUACUUAGCCGGUUGAGACGAGCCGUUAAUAAAGUGAAAUUCGUGUUAAGUUUCAAGAUAAAUAGCCUCUGGGGUCUCGUACCAAUGCUUGGUUGUUCUUCUUCUUCCUCAUCUCUUCGGUUCAGUUUCAACGAUAGACCCGGUUUAGCAGCGGCUUGUACCGAGGAGAAUGAAUCGGACUCAGCCUGUUCUUCAAGAGGAGCGUUGUAUAGAACCGGGAGUUAUGAUCCAUCUUCAGACGAAGAUAUUGACAACAAAGCUGAGACUUUCAUAGCUAAUUUCUACAAGCAGCUUAAGAUUGAGAGACAAAUCUCUUUGGAACUUAAAUACUUGGGUAAUAAUCAGAGUUUCAACUAUAGGUCACCUUAGCUUUCAUACUUUUAUUUAUUCAUUCGUUCAUUUGUUGUAAUAAUAAGAUCCUAAAAUUUUCAUUGGGUCUUGGUUGAUGGGCCUGCUAUUUUUUCGUGGUUAGGCUUCACGUAUCAUCAUUACAUUUUAUAAUGUUGAAUGUAAUGAUCACAUAAGAGAAAAUUGUGUUGAUGUAAUUAAUGUCAUUUGAUGGAUU